AUGAAGCCGCACUUCAGCAUCGCCGCCGCCAAGGGACUGCUGGAGAGGUGCGGGAUCCGUGGUGGGCACCAAGGGAGCGGGCGGCGGGUCCGGUGGGUCCGGGCGCGGAUCUGCUGGCGCUGUGCUCGCAGGGAUAGUCGGUGUUCCUGGAGGGGUUCCUGCUCGGGACGGGUUCUCCCAGCACCCAGGAUCCCAGUGGGAGAUGGGGGCAGCCACCUGUUUCACCCCACACUGGUGUUGUUGAAGCCGUCCUUCAUGCUAACACCAUCACGGGGAGGAUGCAGUGAGUGCCUGGUUCUCCCGAUGCUGUCCUAUCACAGGGACAGAGUGCUACUUGAGGGGAACCUAUGUCUGCAGGAUGAACUCCAGCAGCAACUGAGAGACAAAUCCAAAAAAAAAAAAAGCCAAGGGAUGUGGGAGAAAGGUAUGCUCAGGCAGCUUUUUGGGAGUGCUGUGCCUGCUUUCCCUCCAAAGUUUAAUCUGGCAAUGACCAAGUCAAUGGCAGAUGAGAGACAGUCUCAGCUGGAGCAGUACCUUCAGAAUGUUACUUUGGAUUUAAAUAUUACCAAUAGCAAUGUCCUCAUAGAUUUUUCUUUUUUUGGAAAGCUACAGCAGGAUACAUUUAAAAUCCAAACCCAGAGAGCCUUUGGUUUUUACCUUGCUGAUGACAGCAAUAUUAGACUUGAUAUCCAGACACUGGACACUGCAGAGGGAAUAUUGGAGUUAGUAAUGUUGUGCAAGAUGUGAAGUGCAUUACUAAAAUAUUUUAGCUUGUUUUUCCUUCAGUAUCAUGAUGACAGUUCUCUCUGUUAAGUUUUACAAGUGGCGAAAAAAGUGGCAGACUUUGAACUUCCUUAUUUGAGUCUUCAGAGCAUGAAGGAGUUGCACUGUAAGCUUGAGAUCAGAAAGUGGUGAGCAAGAAGAUCCUUCUUGAUAAUACUGCUGAUGGAUUGUAGAGCUUCACUGAACUUGCUACAUACGCAGGCAAUCCAGGAAGUUGAGAGGAAUUGGCUUAAACCCACAGAAGAGCAGAUGCAGGAACUUGAAUUUCUACAAAAAAUGCAAACAAAGUAAAGUUCUGUAUUUUUGGUGCAGUUCCUGGAGCAGAUUGGAGAAAUGCAGUUCUAUGGAUAUAUACCAGAUCCUUGUAUUUGUGACUAACCAGAAGGCUGCUCAGCUGACAUCCAUGUUGGCAAUGAUAAGAUCAACUGUUGCAUUACACUGCCUACUAACCAAACAGAGGUCAGCUUUAAAAUCAACAGGUUAAGAAGUUGGGAGUUUACUUUUCAUGAUGGCAAAGAAGACACACUGAAGCUUAGAUUUGAGUACAAUGACUCAGGCACACGGCAGUGGAUAAUUUUGUACACAAAACAGGCCUUUGUGCUCUGUAGCUACUUGAAGGAAAUGGCAUCAGAACAGAUGAUGAAAGCAGCCAAAGGCCAAGAAAUGAAGAUCAAGAUUCCUGAAUCAAUGAAACAUAGAAAUAAGAAAUCCAGUAUCCAACAAAAGCAGCGAGAAGAGAAAUUAGUAGUUCAGUCAGGUUUUAUAUCAAGGAAAAGAUUUGUGGUUAGGCCAAAUGAAGGAGACUGCGUGUGGAAAUAA